ACACAUCUCCAAUUGUUUUUAAAUGGUAAACUAAAUAGUUGGUGCCUUCCAACAAAGUUGCAGAAAAUAUUGUAGAAAAUGGAUUCCGGGACUGAGGAAAAAACACCAGAACUGCAAAAUGAUCUCCCUGAGCAAAGAAUACAACGAAAACGUCGCCAUACGGAUGACGUUGAACAACAGAACGGUGACACUGUAUCUAAUACGAAUUAUGGAGCCGUGGCGGAGUAUAUACCUGCUGCAAAGGUGCGCGGUGUUGUUGAAUCUAACAGAGUUGGUAUCACAGACUUUCCGGACGAGCUUCUUUACGAAAUAUUUAAAAAUUUAGACUCCUGGUCGUAUUACGUACUUAUGCACUGCUGCAAUCGUUUCUAUACUUUAUUGAUGGACCGACGAUUUUGGCAUCAUAUAGAUCUCAGUCAAAAACUAUUACCAUUAGGUAUACUUGAAUUUGUAAUGGAACGUACACAUCAAGGGACUACAAGCAUAAAAUUGAGAGGUCCAUCUAGAAAAUAUACAAGUGCGGAAAUAAUAAAGUUUAACAAAACGUUGGCAGACACUUUCGCUUUGCGAAGUACACAAUUAAGUAUUUUGGAAUUGCGUGGUGUUACAGUAGAUCUUAGGAAUGUACGAAUUGUGAAUUUUCCGAAAACUUUAAAGCGGUUAGUUUUUAAAGAUUGUAAUAUCUGUAAACCACCAGAAGAACAAACGGUUUUUUCUGGUAUUCACACACAUCUAGUGAAUUUGGAGGAACUUGGUAUUGAAUUCUGCAGUUGGUUUGAACCUUAUUACAUCAUGAUGAUAUCCAAAAUACCUUCACUGCGUUGGCUUAGCCUCAAAGGUUGUCCGCGUUUGGGUGAUUUUAUACCUUAUGGUAGCAUGGCUGCUCGUUUUGGUUUUAAAAAAUUAGAGUACUUGGAUUUGCGUUUUACACCUAUAACAGAUUCAGAUGUUCAAUGUUUUAAUGUGGUGCUAACAUUAAAAGAAUUACUACUGGAGUGUCCCUUAAAUAUGCGUGCCAACGAUGCAAAAACUAGCUUAUCAACAAAAAAUAAAAAUAAAGAUUCUGAUAGUAAGGAUUGUCAACCGUCCACAUCGAAGGCAUCAGCUUCACGCGAAGACAGUAAUUCACCUAUUAAUUCCAUAACUGUGGAGGCAAAUUCAAAUACAGCCGGACAAGAGGAACGUGAAGAUACAACCCCGGAACAACCGACUUGUUCUAGCCCACAACCCUCUACAUCAUCCUCUUCGUCUUCUACAUCAUCAUCAUCGCCUUCAUCUGCAAUGAAUUCACCUUUUGCAUCACCUUCGCGCUUAGCGCUAGACAAUCCAACAGACAACAACAACGCGCCAGAACCGGCCGGCAAUGUACCAUCACGCAGCCGAUUUUUACCACGUCCAGAUCAAGUUAUAUUCUUAGAUUUUGUAAACCGCCGUCCUAGUAUACGGCAUGUGCGUCCACCGCCUAUAUCGGAUAAUCAAAUCGAUCAAAUGAUACAACAUCCAUUAUUUUGGAAUAUAAUCAAUCCAUUGGGCGGACGUGAAGCUAGCAGGUCGAGCUCUGGGUCAGGGCAAGUACCGCACUUCAGUCAUCACCCAUGCUGUCGCCAAUAUCCCAUUUCAGAUCGUGGAAUUUGUUGCUUUGGAAGACCGCAAAAUCCAGUGGAGCCUGGAGUAAUUUGGAUUCGUAUUGGCAAUCGUCCGAGCGAAAAUAGCUUUGUAAGACUUAGUGUAAGAAAUUAUAAAAAAGUCACCGACAUCUCACUGCAUCAUCUCGUGCAAUGCUCACCUGAGCUCAUAUAUCUGGAUCUGAGUGGUACCAGCGUAACGCGUGAGGGCGUUAAACGCUUCAAAGCUGGAAAACCUGAAUGCCAAAUCAUAGCCGAUCAUCUUAUUGAGACUAACGACCCGGAUGUACCGACACUAGAUUAAUUCUAAAGUACGUUUAUACCCUUGGUGCUGUAAUAUUUAUGCUAAACUAAUAUGCACACAAAAUACUACAUACAUACAUACAUACAUAUAAGUAUAUGUAUAUUUCUCUUAACAUAGUUAAUAAGGACGCAUAUGAAACUUGUUGACAUAAAUUUUAUUCAGAAAUAUUAUUUUGAAAGUAUAUAUACAUACAUACAUAUACAGCGGAGAGAUAGUUUUCACAAUGUUUAAAAAGAUAGUGAUAAUAAUAAUUGAAUAAAUAUAGGAAAUAAUAAGCUUA